GGAAGAAGCCUCCCCCGAGAGGCAGGAAGCAGGCAGGCCCCCGCCUUCUCCUGUAGCGCUGCCUGCAGUCAUCGGCCACCGGCCCCAAGGCCGCUCUGGAAAACAUUGGGAUGAGGCGCAGUUCCCUUGGGAGCCCCGGCUUUUUUGGUCCCGGAUUGAUUGUGCAACUUGGGAAAGCCGGACGGAUUGGAAAACUGAGCCUGAAACAAAAGAAUCUGUUUCAAAAGUUGACAUUGUUGUGGACAAAUCAUCCCAGGAACAAUACUCAAAAGAUGAUUACCAGUGCCCCAAGUUGGGAGAAGGAUGGAAUUAUGAUGUUGAGAAACCUGCUGUGCGUAAUGAAUGUGGGGAAGCAUUCAAGUGUAAUAACGAUCUUUUUCAGGAUCAUAUGACAUAUAAUGUAAACCAAAGCCAUGGUUAUAAUGAAUUUGAAAAAGACAUAAUGGAGGAUAAACAUCAUCCUGAGCAUCAGAAAAUCCAACCUAGAGAGAAACUUCAUGUCUGUAAAGAUUGUGGCAAAACUUUUAGCUUCAGCUCGUCCCUUAUGUACCAUCAGAAAAUUCAUACUGGAGAGAAGCCACAUAAAUGUAACGAAUGUGGAAAAGCUUUCAUUCUUCGAACGCAGCUAAAUUCCCACCAGAGAAUUCAUACAGGGGGAAAACCGUAUGAAUGCAGCGAAUGUGGAAAAACUUUUAGAUACAAUUCGUCUUUUACGUACCACCAGAAAAUUCAUACUGGGGAGAAACCUUAUGAAUGUUAUGAGUGUGGGAAGGUUUUCAGAGGGAAUACCCAGCUUAAUUCCCAUCAGAGAAUCCACACUGGAGAGAAACCUUAUGAAUGUGAUGAAUGUGGGAAAACCUUCAAUCAGAGCACCCAGCUUACUUUCCACAAAAGAAUUCAUACUGGAGAAAAACCCUAUGAAUGUAAUGAAUGUGGGAAGGCCUUCAUGCAGAGUGCACAUCUCAUUUCUCACCAAAAAAUUCAUACUGGAGAGAAACCUUACGAAUGUAAUGAAUGUGGGAAGGCUUUUAGUUCUAGUACAUCCCUCACUUACCACCGGAGAAUUCAUACCGGAGAGAAACCUUAUAAAUGUAAUGAGUGUGGGAAGGCUUUCAUCCAGAGUGCACACCUUACUUCCCACCAGAAAAUUCAUACUGGAGAGAAACCUUAUGAAUGUAGAGACUGUGGGAAAGUUUUUAGCUCCAAUUCAUCUCUUAUUUACCACCAGAGAAUUCAUACUGGAGAGAAACCUUAUGUAUGUAAUGAAUGUGGGCAGGCCUUCAGAGUGAACACACAGCUUACUUCCCAUCAGAGAAUUCAUACUGGAGAAAAGCCUUACGAGUGUAAUGAAUGUGGGAAAGCUUUUGUCCAUAGCACUCAUCUAACCUUCCAUCAGAGGAUUCAUACUGGGGAGAAGCCAUAUGAAUGUAAUGAAUGUGGGAAAGCUUUUAGCUCUGGCUCAUCCCUUACUAACCACCAGAGAGUUCAUACUGGAGAAAAACCUUAUGAAUGUAAUGAGUGUGGGAAAUCUUUUAGACACAAUUCAUCCUUUCUUUACCACCAGAGAAUUCAUACUGGAGAGAAACCUUAUAUAUGUAGUGAAUGUGGAAAGGGCUUUAUUCUCCGAACACAGCUCACUUCCCACCAGAAAAAGCAUACUGAAGAGAAACUUUAUGAACAUAAUGAAUAUGGAAAAGCUUUUUGAUACAAUGAAUUGUUUAUCCCUCAGAUACUUUGUAGUAGAAGAAAAUGUGAACAAAGUAGUUGGAAAGCCUUCCACUAGAGCACUAAAAUGUUUAAUCUGGAAGGAUUUAUAAAAUAAUGAACAUGGGAUGUUCAUUCUAAGCUCAAAGAAAACUUAUAAUUAUGGAAUUAUCUAAAACUCUUCAAACAAGGUGCACACCUUAGAGAAUACCAGAAAAAUACUGGAGAGAGUCCUGUAAAUGUAAUCACUGUGGAAAAGGCUUUAAAUAUCAGUCAUCCUUUAAUUACCACAAAAGAAUUGUUGAAAGUGAAUUGUUUGGAGAAUAUAAAUGACUCCAUUUUGUUCGGUGUUAGCCAUUUUUCUGUGUAGGAACCCUGCAUGAACUGAAGGACCAGCUUAAAUAGUUGGCUCUCUUCAAUGUCUUCUUUCAUUCUCUAAUUGGUACAAAAAGACUUGAUUCCUUUAAAAAAAAAAAAAAAAAGAAGAAGAAAAGAAAAGAAAAAAGGACUCCACAAGCUCUGGAAUAUCUCCUUCCCUCAUUUAACGUGAUAAAUAGUUCCCCUUGACUUGAUGAAAUUAACCAUACUAAAAAGGGCACAUCCUUUCUCAGUCUUCGAUAGCUAUCAUAUACAUUUUCUUUAAGAAGUAUAUGUUUUUCUUUGUAAUACUAUUCGCGCUGUAAUGAGCAGCCAUCUUUUUUUUCCUUGGUUUUCUACAAUGUAUAAAUAAUAUCAGUGACACACAGGUGGAGUAGGUUGCUCUCUGAGCGUAUGAUAAAACCUGUUUCUCCGACUUGUGUUAGUCACGAAUUGGCAAAAGGUGGCCAAACUGAUAAGAAAAUUCUUGCCACAAUUUUGGCAACUCCGUCUGGUACUGGCCAGUCCAGCCUUUACUGAUCCCCAGCUCCAAGAACUUUCCAGCCAUAUACCGAUGAGUUCAUUUCAGGAACUUCUAGAAAUGGGGAAAAGGGAGGGCUAUUAAAGGCAGUUGGACACUCUUGUGCUCCCAAUUAAGAGACCAACAGAAACAGGUUAAUGUUUUGUGUAUUCUUGUAUUGUGUGGUCUGGUCUUGUGUCAUUUGUGCUUACUCUGUGUCUUGAUUAACUUUCCUGUCUAAAUUCUUGGUUAGAUUUUCAGUGUGCUCUUGUACCUGGCAGUAAGGGGCCAUAGAGCCUUUGGAAAAACUAUAUUUGGAAGGGUAAUACCAGAGGAAACUGGUGGAGGUCAGACAAGUCAUCUGACCAUAAACUCAAGUGGUCAGGAGGCCAGAGACGGGAGAAUCCCAAACAUUAAUGCUAUAAAGCAGAUGUAAGCCUUAAUAUUACCUUGAGUAAUCAGUCAUCAUGAUGGGAGCUGGUUGAUAUUUCUGUUCUGGAAUAGAAUCUUCAGCUCAGUUUUGAUGACUUGGGGAAAAAAUUCUGGGAAGGGCUAGUCUCUAAAUAAGAAUUUGUUUUUUCUUAAACUAAAUGGGCAUUCAAUACCUAGUUUACUUAAUGUUAAACUAAUAAGAUUAAUUUACUAAAUUAACAUACUAAAUGAUACUGGCCAUUACAGUCAUGAAACUUUAGAAUUCUAGAGGGAAAAAAAUGAAUUAUGGAUUUAUUCGGGUCGUUCCUAAGGCGCAUACAUUUUGCCAACCAAAUUGUGAAACAUUAAUGAAUCUUUCUCCUCGGGAGAGAGAAAGCCACCUCCUCAUGCAGUUUUGCCCUUUACACCUUGCCCCUCAGGGGCAAGAAAAACUUUCCUAUGAAAUCCUCUUGCUGGUUAUUUUUUUAUCUUCAGUGAAUGGGAUGGAGAUCACCAGAUACAACUUCUAGCUUUCUUGCAGUGAAAUUCUGGCCAAGACUGCUAUUUUGUAGAAAACAACGAAUGUUAAAUGAUCUUUCAGUGGUCUCUGUUAUUACUGCCAUCACCUGGUACUGGUAGAAGAUAAGUUCUCGUCUCCCCAGAUACCUAGCCAGUUCUAGUGUUCAGCUGUCCUGUUCUCAGUAAACUUUCCAUAGAAAAUAAGGAGGGUUAGGGGAAGAGAACUUUUAGACCACAAAUUUCAAGUCUUUCAAAAGAUAGUCUUGUUUCUAUGUUCUUAAUUCUAACUAGGUUGGAAGUGAAUGAAAAGAUUAGAGGGAAGAAAAUCCUUUCCCCUUUUACAUAAAUGUAUGGUAUUAUAAACUAAUUAGAGAUUAAAUUUUGAUUGAAAUGUAAUCCCUUAUUAUGAAUUUUUCCCCUUGAGGCAAUUGGGGUUAAGUGACUUGCCCAGGAUCACACAGCUGGGAAGUAUUAUGCGUCUGAGGUCAUAUUCAAACUCAGGUCCUCCUGACUUCAGAGCUGGUGCUCUAUCCAUUGCACCAGCUAGCUGCCCUCCUUGCUAUGAAUUUUCAAUGUAGUAUGGAUGUUUUUAUAAAGGCUGGAAUAUCUUCUUGAGUUUUUGAGGUUGAUGCUCUUUAUUAACUUAAGAAAAAUGAAAGUUAAUACAGAUAACACUUCAACCCCUUUACCACCCUCUCUCUUCCUUGAAGUGUGACAGGUUUAUUGUUUUAAGGUAAGAUAUUUUAUUCUUUUAAGAAGAUGAUUUCACCAACUAGAAGAAAACUAAGAAAGCCUUAAACAGUUUUAAAAAAACAAAAGAAAAAAUUAAGAACCAAAUAGUUUUGCAGUCUGCAAUUCUUAAAUAUUUGGUGCUUAAGAACCAUGUAGUGCAAUUAUUAACUCAUAUACAAUUUGAAAAAAAAAAAAGGUUUAUUUAAAUCAGCAAAAUUGCAUUUUAAGGGAAAGUUUUCAUUUUACUUCUGUGUUCUGUGAAUCAACUUGAUAAAGUAUAAGAGCCUAAGUAAAUUAGAAGCAAAGUCAUCUUUAAAAGAAAUUAGAAGUGACUGCAUGUACAAGCCUUUAAAGAAACAAAUUGGAAAUAUUUUAUCUAACAAAAUAAGGAAUAAUCUGUAAACUAAGUUUCCAUUUUGAUCAGGGAAAAAGUAAAAGUUUUGCAGUUACUUGGAAUUGUGUAAUAAAACUUGUGCUAAUUUAGAAAGAUGAGAUUUUAGUAAUGUAAAGAAAUCUAGUUUUGCGCCUGGAAUGGAAUAUGAUUAGGAAAUAAAGUUGUGAGGGAUGGAGAAAGUAGAGAAGGAAAGUGAAGAGUUGAAUCGGUUUGGAAAUCAAAGAGUCGGGUUUUGAAGGGAACAAUAAGAAAGUUAAAGGAUGUUUGGAGACCAUUUGCACUUAAACAGUGUGGAUAUAAAACUUGAUUAGAAGGCAAUGAGAAUUAAAGAAGUAGGGAAUAUAAAACUAAUGAUUUUCUUGCUCAACUUGCCAUAAUACAAGAUCUUUGUUUUUGCCAGCAGUCAAAAUGUCCAGCAAAGCUCAAAAGAAAAGCCAAGAAGGUAAUAAAAUAUCACAGUUAAGUCUUAUAAUUGCUCUAGAUUAGAGGAAAAUGGAAGAUCUCCAUGGCUCUAAAAUGAUAGGAGAACUUCUUUCCUUCUCAACUAAUUAAUUUUGAGGGUUUUCUUAAUGAUUGCCAAGCUUUAUAUCAUCAAUUUUUAUAUUCUUGUUUAUGUAGAAAAGUAGCUGGAAUCAUGUGGCAAAAACUGGGAAAUUACUAUUUCAAAAUAAUCUAUGUUCUUAGUGGUAAUUACUGAUAGCGCCUUGGUAAUAUAAGGACAAUUCACCUUAAUAUAUACUGAUCUCUAUUAUCUAUACUAUGCUCUCUACUGAUCUCUUAAUGUAACUAAUAUAGAAUACAAGAAUUGAUAGAUGAAAUGAUAAUUCAGAAUGCAUUUAGUUGAGUUGAUGUCAUUUGAUUGGCUGUGUUUUGUUUCAUGUUUCAAAUCCAUAAUAUUGUUUAAAAAAUUAGGAUGUUCCUUAUUUUUUGCAUUGUGAUUUUGGGAAACCAUUAUAAAUACUGUUAAUUUGAAAAGUGAUACCCAGAAUGUACUUUCAUCGUUUGUAUCAUUAGGAGAUUAACCUCCCCCUCCCACCCUUUGAGUUGAAUGCUGUGAAAUGAUGAAUUUGAAUUCUCACAUAUUAGAGACUUGUAGUUUAAAAAAACCCUGUCUACUUCCUUGAUUAUAUUUUGCAUAAAUAUGAAUAAUGAUAAUUAUUUAGAAUUUGGCAAAGCCUAAAAACCUUGUAAAUUCUUCUUAUCUGUGAAAUUCUUCUAAGGACAUGUCAGGUCCUUUGGCUCUUCAACUUGGGCAAGAUUAUAAAAUCUCAGCUCCGUGGAAGAGGGCACUGAAAUAAUGGAACUUUGCAAGUUCUAAGAUAAAAAUCAGAUUACUAAUUAUGAAGUUCAUGAAAGGCAAACUAUACAAAAUUAUACCUGGAAAAAUGUGCAUUGAAGUUAUAUCUUUGAGCCAAUGUAACAUAGAUUUCAGUGAAGAUAUUUUUCUUUUUGCCUUAUGUGAUACCUUAAGAUAUCCAAAUUGUCAGAAGCCAUCGUCUUUCUCAAUUUUCAAGGAACUAUAUCAAACAUUAACUUUUUAUAUAAAACCCCAGAAUGGAUUAUUUUCUUAACCUUUACUACUUAGUUAUGAUAUCAGGAUGUCUGAACAUAUACAUACACACAAACGAAUUAAAGUUGUUUUUUUAAAUGUCACGUAUGUACUUAAUGAGUACUGAGGAUCAGUUUUUAAAAUUAUUUUAAGUGAAUAUUAUUGCAACAACAAGGAAAUUACUAUAUCCUCCCUUAAACUGUGACCACUGGAAUUUGCUAUGUUAAGGGAGUUAAGCCUCUUGGGACUAUAAUUUGAUUUGGUCUGAGUUUUGAAUUCAGAUAUAAUUUUGAAUUAUUGCUAAGCCAGUAAUUCAGCAUUCAAGGAAAAUGCCAUAAACUGCUCAAAGGAAGGGCAUUCUGAGAAAUGCUGCAGGUGAGUGUAAGUUCCUGGGAAGACUGAGAAAAGAGCUUUCUGAAAGUAAUGGUAGGAACUUCUAGACUCAAUUUCCCCACUGUGCUUUCCUCUCUGAAUAGUAAAAUUUCCCACCUGGUUAAUAUUGAGCCUGACUGUAAAAUCCUGUGAAUAGUAUGAAUAUAUUUCAGAUUUUAUCCUGGAAAUAAUAAGGAACUACUGAACAUCAUUCAGGGGUAUUUUGAGGUCCGCUUAAAUAUUCACAGAUGCUUAUCCAUGUAAAUGCCAAAAUUCACAGGCAUAUGAAUAUGUUUUAGUAAUUGUUUAUAAGAUCUUAGAUCGAGCCUUUCCAAUAUAGAAUUGUUUAAUUAGUUGUCAAGAAACUUUGAAGUCACAAUUUUUUUUUUUAAUGAGAAGAUAGAGGAAAUGAAUGUUAUCCAAGUCCUUUACAAAACAACUUAAAUGACUACCUUGAGGUAUAUACAUAUAUGUACAUAUAUAGGGAGAAGAGAGGUACUUGUGAUCCUUUGCAAACCACCUAUUACAUCAGGAAGGGUUCAGUGAGAUUUUGAACUUUCUCUCUGAAAAACAAAAGGUUUGCUCAAUAAAAUAUACUGCCACUUUCUAGAAGCCUUUGUUUUUAUGGUUUUACGCAUUAAAACUAAAGCUCUAGUAGCUUAACCAGGGAAAUAUAAAAGUAGUAGAUAGAGAAUUCAGUGUUUUCAGUUGCUCUGUAGAAAAUGCUCUUUGUCCUAACCAAACGGCCAAAGAUCGUGUCCCCUCCUCUUAAUAUGUGUGGCUAGACGCCAUACAAAAUAGUCAACAUUAGGUUUAUUAAACAUAAGUUUUUACAGUCACAUGAUCCUAAGGCACUUAGCUUUAAGUAAAGGUUUGCCUCAAUUUGUUGAAAUUCAUACAUUAAAUGAACUAGUUCUCCAAAGCAUUUCAUUAUGUAUAAGCUGAUUAAAUGGAUUUUAAAACAAAACAUUUGUAUCUUAUUUUGGGAAUGUUUAAAAACGGGAAAUUGAAUUUUUCUCUCCGUUUCUGUUUGAGACAGAAGGAUUUAUUUUAGAAAGUGAGGUUCUUGAGAAUCCUUUAAAAGAUUGUUCCUCUAGCCCAUAGAUAGCAUUGUUUAUAGCAAUGUCUGGUUGUACCAUGCAGCAGGUUUCAGGUAAACAUCUAAAGAAAAAAAAAAACAGUAUGGAAUACUAAUAACUAAACUUUCAGAGAUGACCUCAU